GUUUGACUCAUGGGAUCACGUGAACACGACCCGCGAUAACAGAUUCGCCAUCAGACUCGUCGCAGAUACGGUUCUCAGCGGAAAGUUCAUAGCGACCUCGUCGUCUUACUCAAGAGCUUCAUUAUCACAGCCAGAAGUGGAUUAUUUGGUGUUUCCUGGUGGAGUGUGAACCCUUGCCUGCGCUCUAGCCCAACAUGGCGGAUACAACUAUUGAACAAGCUCCUCAAAAACAACGCAAGUCAGUCGCAUUCAGUGAGGGCUCUGUCAUCAUGGAUACAAACGGUGAAGUCACAGAGGUGCCUCAGGUGGAGAAGCCCACCGAGAAUGAAGCCCCCGCAGACAAGUCAGUCGACGAAGUUACCGAACUGUUCAAGGGACUUUCGAAGAAGAAGAAGACAAAGAAGCCCAAGGAUGCAGAGGCCGACGAAGGCGACGAAGCUUCUCCAGCAGCUGACAGCGAAUUCGACCCCACCGCUUUGAAAAAGAAGAAGAAGAAGACCAAGAAGGUCGACGCUGGCGAUUUCGAGGCUAAGCUUGCCGAAGCUGGUGCGACAGAGAAGGGUCCCGAGGAAACAGAGGAGGUCCCUGAGGGUGAUCUCGAGGCCGGAACUGGUAUCUGGGCCCACGACGCUACGCAAGCCAUCCCCUACUCGCUGCUUGUCUCCCGAUUCUUCUCCCUCAUUCAGAGCCAUCAUCCCGAUCUUUUGUCUAGCGGCGCCAAGUCGUAUAAGAUUCCUCCUCCCCAGUGUCUGCGUGAAGGUAACCGUCGUACUAUCUUCGCCAACAUCGCCGAUAUCUGCAAGCGUAUGAAGCGUUCCGACGACCACGUCAUGCAGUUCUUGUUCGCAGAAUUGGGUACCAGUGGCAGUGUUGACGGCAGUCGUCGUCUGGUCAUUAAGGGUCGUUUCCAACAGAAGCAGCUUGAGAACGUCCUCAGAAGAUAUAUCGUCGAAUACGUCACCUGCAAGACCUGCCGCAGUCCCGACACCGAACUCAACAAGGGUGAGAACCGUCUGUACUUCGUCACCUGCAACUCGUGCGGAUCUCGUCGUUCCGUCGCCGCUAUCAAGACCGGUUUCCGUGGCCAAGUCGGCCGCAGAAAGAGACAGGGUUAAAUGUGAUGUGGUGUCUUUGGGGGAGCCAUGGUGGCGGUGGUUGUAUUUCCUUGCGACUAUCUUUUGGCGAUUUAUGAUUUUCUUUCCCCCUUUCGUAUAAAGAUUUCUUUUUUCUCUCUCCUUUGUGGAUGAUGACGAUGACGUUGAGAGUAGUGCUUUACGGAAAAAGGAACUCAAAAGUAACUAAGAAGAGACGAAGUGAAGACAAUAUGGCAUGGCAUGAUAGGCACAUGGAUUGGUAUGACUUUCUUUGGGUAUAAUCUGUUCCCUUAACUUGACGGUUGAACGUAAAUUGUAUGUAUUAGGAAACUGUGCUGGUACGGAUGCCUUUUGUAUACUAGUACUUAGUUUUUUAAUAGGCCCAGCCAGUAGCCCUCAAUUCAAAGUAGGCACAAUGACAAAACAGGCACAUGCAUCGCCUACCCAGAAAUACAGAUGCAAUAUUCGAGACGGAAAGAAUGGUUGUAUUGCAAGACCUGAAAACACGCUCAUAAACAACACAGCGGCCAAUUUGAGAUAAAGGGGGAUAUAUAUAUAAAAAAAAAAGAAAAAAAAAAGAGUUGAAACACAAAGGAAA